GGCCCCGCCGCUUCCCCGCCGCUUUCGCUUUCGUUUCCCCGCGGGGCCCGCUCGCUCCGGGCCCUUCCCGGUAGGAUCCGUUCCCGCUGGGAUCCCCGUCCCGUGGGAGCCCCAUCCCGGUGGGAUCCCCGUCCCGUGGAGCCCCAUCGCGGUGGGAUCCCCGUCCCGUGGGAGCGACGGCCAUGGCCACGGGCCAAGCUGCCAGAUCCACGAGGACAAUUGUCAUUGCUGGUGUCCCAGCUGGCCUCCUGCAGGAUGAUGUCAUGGCUGACAUCCUCACCAUCCACUUCCAAAUGUCCAGGAAUAACGGCGGGGAUGUGGAAGAGGUCACGUAUCCCACAUGGAAUGAAGGAGUUGCCUACAUAACCUUUGAGGAUCAAGAAGUUGUGGAGAGUGUUCUGAAGAAGGAGCAGCAUCUCCUGCAGGACAAGAGGCUGCCCAGGAGCUACCCGCUGACGGUGACCCGCUGCUGCGACAGUGUCUUCCUCUGUGUCACAUCCACCCUCAACGUGGCUCUUUUCAGACAUCACUUUGUUUUGGAAGAUUUGGUGGAAGAGAUGAAAAAGCAGAGCCCGGAUUUGAAUUUUGGGCCUUUGCAGCCUGAUGGACAAAUUGCUGUGCAAGGGUCCUUCCCAGCACUCAGAGUGCUGAGAGAAUUCCUCUUGUUAAAGGCAAAAUCCCUCUCAGAGGAGGGCAAAAGAGAGGGAAAAUCCCAUCAGAAACCGAGGAAGAAGCUGCAGGAGCACAGAGGUGCCGUGGAGACGAGGAAUUCCUGGAAUGAGCACAGGGAAAAACAAGUGCUGGUUCUGGACACGGAUAUCUAUCUCUACAUGAAGUGCUUUUUUCCCAAAAAGCUCCAGGCAAACGAUGCUGUGAUUUCUGGUGUCACUGAUGGUGACAUCACCACGGUGUGCAUUGAGAGUGCUGGCAGGGAGGCUGGUGCUGCUCGCAGAUCAAGGGCCAAGGAAAUCAUUGAAAGUUGCUCCGUAGAACUCCAGAAGAUUUUACGUAAAGAAAGGAUCUGCCUCAAGGAACAGAGCAGAGGGGAGAAGCAGAGAUACAAACAGCUCUGUGAGAGGCUGAAGGCCCGUUACCCUGGGCUGCUGAUCCUUCCUUAUGACACCCACAUUGACGUGGUGGGAACGUCUGCAGAUGUUUUUGCAUUUAGGGAGGAGGUGAGGAGGCUCUCCAGGUAGGAGGGAGCGCUCCUGGAGUUUGUACUUCUCAGCCAGCCUUGUGCCUGUGGCCCUGUGGCACUUCACAUCUCCCUCUGUGUCACUCUGGGUCACCUUGUCCCACUCACUGGGAGGGUGACCCAGCCUGGCCCUCCCCAAAUACCAAAUUAAGGUCAGAACAAGAAACCAAUGAUCUCUGCACUUAGGCAGCAAAAAGAAUUUAAACCUCCAGAAAGAGCCACAUUUUCCUUUUGAUACCUCUGCAUUCUCAUCCCAACUUGCUGUCAAGGAGUAGGUGAUGAGAAGAGAGAUUUUGGGUUUUUUUUUAAUCUGAGGGUGCCAGCCUUGUAGGAAACACUGCAGGGAAGUUCUGUGGGAGGUUGUGUGAGGAGCUGAGCACAGCAGACAGGAAUGGGGACCUUGAUCUGCAGGGGGACCUUCUCCCCCUUGGGAAGAGAGCUGGGACACUUGGCAGAGCAGAAUGCACAUGGGAUGGGCAGGCUUCAGAAAGCCUUGAAAGUUCUUCUCUGGAGGAAACAGGAAAGUUUAUUUUCAUAGGAGCAAUAAUGGAGUUUUUUCCAGCUGUGAAGGCUUCUGCAGCAUCUCUUGACAGCACGUUAUUUAGAUGUGAAAGUGUGUCCAGAGAUUUGAUGGGAAAAUUUGGGGGCAUUCAGACUUUGAAAUCAGAUUCUGUUUAUGCAGAUCUGUUUCUGUAUCCAUUACAAGGGCACAGAGAGGGUUUUUUUUUAAACCAAUAUAGAAAAUAGCUUUUAUUUUGUGAUAUCUGUGUGUUUAGAAUAAUUUGUCAAAACAUCCACAGCACCAGCUCUUCUGUUUGAUGUGCAGGGAAAGUUUUAGGGGUUUAUGCCACAAAAGAAAGCAGUUGUCCAAAACAUCUUAUCUAUGUUAUUUUAACCAAAUCCCAAGUUUUUGGUUGGAAGCCCAAACCUGAAGCCCAAGAAAUGCUCGAGGCACUUUCUUGUCAUCCCUGAUUAUCCAUGGCAAUGAUGCCAGUGAAAGCUGUUAGAGCAGUGAUUUAAAAAUGACUGUCAAAGCAGUGAGCUGAAUUGGGGGGGUGGGAGUAAUGUUUAAAGAUUAUAUUUAAAUAAUAGAUAUUAAUAAUAUACAUUAUAUUUUUUAAUAUUUUCUUUUAUAUAUUCAAUAUUAUUUUUUAUCUUGUAGAUAUUUUAUAUAUAUAUAUAUAAUUUAAAUAUUAUUUCAUCUUUUCCACAUUCCCCCAUGCUCUGCAGGUUCUCCAAGGGGCUCAGGGAUGAGAAACUCUUGGAAACUCCCCCUGGAGCUGUUUGGGCUCUUCCCCACUGAACUCAGGCAGAGAUGGGAAGUUUUUCAACCUUGUCACAGACAAAAUCCUCUAGGAAGGCUAAUCCUUUAACGAAAUUAGUGCUGUUUUCCAGUAUCCACACCGAGCUGCUCUUUUUUUUCCAAAGAGCCUCGUUUAUAUUUUUUUUUUUCUGAUUCAGAGCUUUGGUAUUUCCUAUUUUCUCAGCUGGCACAGCAGUGGCACCGGUGUCUGUGUGAGCCCUGCCCGGUUGCUGCUGGCUGAGGGUGGUUUUUGAGUCAGCUUUGGCAGCAGCACAAGUUGGCAGCAGCACUUCAGGUGUCCUUCAAGUCUGGUUUGCUGCCAAACAACUCCUUCCUACCCAACCACUCGCAGUCACAGCCUCCCAACCUUGAAAUCGCUGCUGAAUAAAAUGUUCUUUUCGAA